AUGGGUGUAGCGAGCCAUUGGCAGCAGGGUGGCUCGUCUCAUUCCCCUGUAGCUCUCCCACCGCAACAUUUGAAGGAUGUUGCGUUGGAUUUCUUCAUGUGUUCUUUCAUCUACGCAUCUCCAUUUGAGCCUUACUUGCCACAGCUCUAUGGUAUGAAUCAUUCCACACAGGCAGUCUUGCCAGCCAUUCACGCCGCAGCUUUUGCCACCUUUGCGCAACGCACACGAGAUGAGAAUCUCAUGAAAAAGGCGCGGGCCAAUUAUGCCACCGCUCUUCUGCAUACAAACAAGUCUCUCUCUUCGCCCAGGAGUUCACUUCUGGACGAGACAUUGAUCUCCGUGCUUCUGUUAGGACUUUUUGAGGCUGUGGUCUUCAAAGGGGGCCAGUCACCCGAGAGCUGGACUGCACAUACGCUGGGUGCCGUCCAACUACUACGGUUGCGAGGAGCAGACCAGUUUCGUUCCAAGACGGCCCGUCAGCUUUUUACACAGACAAUCACCAACAUACGCACAAGCUGCAUCCAGAGAAGAGUUGCCGUACCGCAGGAGUUCCUCGAUCUGGUGAAGGAGGCUUCCCCCUUCCUAGAUCCUGGGCACCCUUGCAUUCAGAUCGGACCUAUUCUAGACCAAGCAGCAAGUUUGAGGUCGCGGGUCGCGGCGGGUACAGUCGAUGUGGUACAUGCUGCCUUGGAGGUAGAUCAGGGAGCGAUUGCCCUCUGUGAGCUCAUCGAACCCAAUAUGAGGUUUACGCCAAGGUCUUCGGAAAUGUCAUCCAGGUGGGCAUACCUCACAGUGGAAUACAACUAUUUGACUCGUCGCCACGCCAAAGUUUGGAAUACGAUACGAAUGAUCCGCAUGUUCAUGAACAAGACCAUCUGGGUACACUCCAGUCUCAGCCUUCAACACACAUUCCAGCCUGGGGAAACAGAAUAUUGCAGCGCUUUACAUUCAUACGAAGAGCUGUUGGAGUUGCGCAACAUGGCAGCCGAUAACUUGCUUGAGCUUGAGACUGACAUUCUCCGCAGCGUGUCUUGCUUUCUAGAGCCAGAGAACCUCGGGGGCAAAUUCUGCAGCUCAGCAAGAUGCUUGAUCUGGCCUUUGACGGUACUCUCACAGUCAGAACUUGUCAGCCCCUCUGCUAGGAAGCAUGCUGUUUCAUGCCUGUAUCAGAUAGGCGAAGAUUUGAAUAUGGAGCAGGCGAUCGCCGCGGCUAAGAUGACGCAGGAAAUGAACCACCACGAAGAUUGGUUGCACAUCUACCACCUCUGA